AUGGAUCAGGUCUCGACACCAGGCAAAUUCGAGCUGGGAACCGCUUUUGUGCCAUCGACUCCCCACAGGAGAUCGAACUCAGCCUCUUCUUUCACAUCUCACGGCCAUUUUCCGCUAGAAUCAAAUGCAUCUGGCCUGGAUAAGGUGCUCCUCCAGCCAACUCAUGCUGGUGGUGCCAGGAGAAUAGAGGAGCUGGCUGACGGGCUGGCUACUCUGGAUAUCAAUUUACAAAGAUUAAACAAGGUUCAUAACAGUCUGACUGAGUUUAAUGAAAGCUUUUCUGCUUUUCUCCACUGUAUAAAGAUGAACGCUUGGUGUGUAGAGUUCAGCGAGGCACCCAAUACUGAAGCAUUUACCCAAGAACGAGAUGAUGACCCAGAAGAAAACCAAAAUAACGAGGAUCUAGAAGACGAAGCUGAACAAGAUCAGGCUGACGAGUCCAAUUUUGACUAUAGUGAUAUGACGCUGAUGACAGUGAUCGAUGACAGCGGGGAGAACCGUCAUUUUGGCGGAUCCAGGCCCGGUGCUGGUGGUCCUGCUGGCGUCAGAAACUAUGCUGGAGGCUUCUAUACUAGUAAUACUGGUGGAAUCCGACAAGAAACUGGUUCAACAGCUAGACCCACUGCCAGAACCACUGCUGUUGGUGGCAGACCAGGAGCCCGAUUCCGACCCGAACAAACGAGCACCUCAGUCCCCAGAAACCCAAGAACUACAACCACCACUCCAGCAGCGUCGCGAGGAGGCCGAGUAUCACCAGCCAGUUCAGGCAGCGGAAAAUCCAGGAUACCACAGCCAGCGACCCGACCGCGACCUGCAACAACCACAACCAGAACCACAGCCAAACCCACAUGGAGAUAA